AUGGCGCUCCCGGGUGCAGUGGCGCGGUUCCUCGUGGCGAUCGCGACGCUGGUGACGCUGGCGCGGCGGGCGGGCGCCGCACCCCUGCAGGACGUGGACCCGGCCGCCGUCGCGGAGUCGGCGGCGUACCUGGCCAAGUACGGAUACGUGUCGAGCCAGAGCGACGGGCGGACGGGCGCUCUGCGCUCUCUGUCCGACAGCAUCGCAGAGUUCCAGCGGUUCGCCGGCCUCAACGUCACAGGUGAAGUGGACCAGGCCACGUUAGACAAAAUGCGAGAGCCUCGCUGCGGCGUCAAGGACAUGAUCGGCCCCAGCUAUCGCGCCCGGAGGCGAAAACGCUACGCUCUGCAAGGAAGCCGCUGGCGGACGCGGAACAUCAAGUACAAGAUCGAGAGCUGGCCAUCAAGCAUCAGCAACCGUAAAGCCGUGCGCAAGGUGAUCCGACAGUCGUUCCAGAUCUGGUCUGAGGUGUCGUCCCUCUCAUUUGAGGAGGUCGGCCGCUUCGACAAAGCACAAGUCACCAUCAGGUUCGCGCGCGGCGACCACGGCGACGGCGACCCGUUCGACGGGCGCGGCGGCACGCUGGCGCAUGCCUUUUUCCCGCUGUACGGCGGUGAUGCUCAUUUUGACGACGCCGAACGGUGGUCGGCCGGUGGCGGCCGCGGCACCGACAUCUUCAUGACGGCCUCGCACGAGAUCGGCCACAGCCUGGGCCUCUCGCACUCGGACGACCAGCGCUCUUUGAUGGCGCCCUUCUAUAAGUCGCCGCGCCGGCCCGGCGACACGGACGUGCUCACUGAGGACGACAUUCUCGGCAUUCAGGCGUUGUACGGGCCGAAGGAGAAGCCCGCGGUCCGGCCGGCUGCGGUCCCCACGCAGCGGCCGGCGCGACCGCCGGCGCCGGCGCCGGCAGCCGGCGAGGACCGCCAGCUCUGCUCGGACGCCACUGUCGACGCCAUCUUCACGGCCGGCUCGCAGAAGCAGACAUACGUCUUCCAGGGCGCCUGGUACUGGCGGCUGACCGACACGGGCAUAGAAAAUGGCUACCCGCGACGCAUCCGCGACUACUGGGACGGCCUGCCCAACAACCUGGACGCCGCCUUCAGCUUGCCUAAGAAAGACCUCAUCUUCUUCUUCAAGGGCGACCGCUACUGGCGCAUGACCCGCUUCAAGAUGGACGCCGGCUACCCGAGACUAAUCUCUGAGGGCUUCAGCGGCAUCCCGUCCAACGUCGACGCCGCGCUCCAGUGGACGGGCAACGGCAAGGUGUACUUCUUCAAGGGCAGCCAGUACUGGAAGUUCGACCCGAUGCGGCGUAUCCCUGUGUCCAGCUCGUACCCGCAGCCCAUCAGCAACUGGGGCAACCUGCCCGACGGCCUGGACGCGGCGCUCACCUACUCAAACGGCCGGUCAUACUUCUUCAAGAAGGGCUACUACUACCGCUUCGACGACGCCCGGUUCAGGGUCGACAACGCCGACCCGCCGUACCCCCGGCCCAGCGGCUACUGGUGGUUCGGCUGCAAGAGCCAGUCCUCCAGUCUGAUGUCGCCCUCCAGCCAGCGGCAUCCGCCGCCUGCCGACGAGGGCGACAGCGAGGCAGUGAUGGGCUUCGGGGACGACAACGUGCUGCCGCAGCGGCCGGGCAGCGCCGCCACCAGGUCAGCCGCGGUCAGUGUGAAUGCGGCCGGCACCAAGCGAGACGGCGGUUCCGGGGCCAGGGCGCACGUGUCUGGUCGGGCGUGA